ACACAGACCGGAGGACGGACGCUGUGGGCCAGGAAGGACCGCCCCUUCCGGCGAUCCAGUAACGUUCGCCUCUGGGGCUCCAUGGCUGCUCUAGGACGGCAGGUUCCUGACUGGCACCGACUAAUGACCCGCUCCUGGACCUGUUUGGCCAGGCAGACCCCUCAUCUCAGAGACCGUAAAAGGAUGAGUCCUUUGUUUUGCAAACUGACUACAGUACCCAGUGGAGAGAACCUUCAAGAGUCCUCCUGUGUUAGACCCAAAACGUAUGUGCAGGAACCAGAGUACAGGACACAUCUUGUUCAGUGUCUUCAUGAGGAGCAGAAGACUUUUGUGGAUCCUAAGUCCACGGAGCUUGCAAAUGUCAUCAGUUCCCUCCAGGACAUGGGUUUUGAUGAAGCCCAUAUUAACAGCUUGCUCAGUAUACAGCCAAGCGUCCAUCCUCAACAGCUGCUGGACAUAAUUUCAGAAUUUCUACUCUUGGGAUUGCACCCAGAACCUUUACUUAUGGCUUUGAAGAAAAGUUCACAGUUACUGAAACUGUCUCCAGUGCAAAUGAAGAAGCGGUCCAGUUACCUGCGGAAGCUUGGCCUUGGAGAAGGGAAACUGAAGAGAGUGCUGCAUGGUUGCCCCGAGGUUUUCACCAUGCGCCAGCGGGACAUUGAUGGUAUUGUGAAGGUCCUCAAGGAGAGGUGCAUGUUCACAGCACAGCAAAUCACUGAGCUUUUGCACAGGUGCCCAGGCGUUCUUCAGGCGGACCCCAGUGAACUAGAGUACAAAUUCCAGUAUGCAUAUUUUAGGAUGGGACUUAAGCAUCUGGACAUAGUCAAGAAUGAUUUCUUACAGUAUUCAAUAACCAAGAUCAAGCAGAGACACAUGUACCUGGAACGCCUUGGACGGUACCAAACCCCUGAUAAGAAGGGACAGACACAGAUCCAUAACCCUUUACUGAAGGACAUUCUCAGGGUUUCUGAAGCUGAGUUUUUGGCCAGGACAGCACGUUCCUCUGCCGAGGAGUUUGAGGUUUUUAAAAAGCUCUUGGAUAGAGAAGAAGAGGAAUCUGAGAGCCAUGCAUCAGAGGAAGAGGAGGAAGAGGAGGAGGAGGAAGAUGAAGAGCAGCUGUGAUGGAGGAUGGGACAAAAGGGUCCAGAGAUGCCAGAGAUCAUUCCCGUAUUCUCAAAGCUUUGGGCGAUCACCUGGAUCUUCAAGAAUUUUUCAUACUAACACUGGUCAUUUGAUAGAAAAAAAAUAAAAGAAACUGUUAAGAUCCACUGGAGAUGUAGGUACAUCAAACCAAAUAGGAGAUGCUUUGUUGCAGUCUAGUGGCUUCUGUGGAGGCCCACUGCAUCCUAAAUAAAGGACUUAGCUGUUAAAAUCCAGGGGAUGCCACCCAUCCAAGUUUGGUAUCUUUUUCUCUGUUGAAAUACGUUGGUGUUAGUUCUGAAAUCGUGUAGAAAAAGAGGUGCUUUCCAGCUCAAGAGCCGCUGCGUGUUUCCUUGUGGUAGUAAAGGUAAAAUCAUGAGAAUGUAACAUGAGGGUAGUAUGUCAUAGCACUUUAUUUUAUGAAAACAAGCAGGUUUUCCACAAAAUAGUCAUGUUUUUAAUCCGACAUCAUUUCACGGCCCUCUAAUGUG